AUGUCAGCUGGCUCACAAAUUCAAAUGGCACCUCAAACUACUGUCAACACGGGCCAGCCAGUACAUAAUAAUCAGGACUCCAAUAUGAGCACAGGAUCUUCUCAUAGUGAUAAAGAAGUAGAUGCAUUAACUCCUGAAAAGUCAGCUGCUAUGAGAGGUUCUGCAACUGUACCAGGCAGUGCUUUAGUGCCACCGAGUGGAGCUACACCUACUAUAGCAAUGCCAGAAAGGAAAAGAAAGCGAAAAGGUGAAGAAGGUGUUGGCGGGGGUGGGGGUGGUGGUAAGCAAAGAAACAAUUCGGAUAAGAACAUUCGUGAAUAUUUCUCGAAGCACCCAUCGUCCAGUCCGGUGCGGCACACCGGGGCGAAGUCACCGUCGCCGCAAAGCGCCAAUUAUCCUAUGUACCCACCGUCACCAUCAUCAAUAUCAUCAAUAUUGGCUCCGGGAGCUGAUUACUUACGUUCCGCCUCGCAACAGCGACCUCACCCUUCUGUUAAACAGAUUCAGACAGAAAUAACAUGUCAGAGGAUACAAGAGUUAGAAACUCAGGCUUCGUCUGACUUAGAGCUAAGAAAUAAUAAAAUAGAUGAAUUAACAAGGAGUAAUGAAGAGUUGCAGCUUCAAGUUCAAGCGCAGAAUAAGGCUAUCGAUCAACAUAAAUCACAUAUUAAUAAAUGUAUAGAAGUUGUAAAAAAGUUAUUAAAUGAAAAGAGUACUAUUGAAAAGAAAGAGGCUCGACAGAGAUGUAUGCAAAACAGAUUAAGGCUGGGACAAUUUGUGACUCAGCGAGUUGGUGCUACUUUCCAAGAGAACUGGACUGACGGAUAUGCAUUUCAAGAACUAACAAGGCGGCAAGAGGAGAUUACGGCUGAGAAGGAGGAGAUCGAUCGGCAGAAGAAGCUGCUGAUGAAGAAGAGGCCGUCCAACAGUGAGGGCAGAGGCAAACGCACGUCCAGCGUAGCCGCGCCCACGACGCCCCAGCCCCUGCACAACGGCACCGACCCGCCCACCUUCCUCAAGCCCGACCCUCUGCCCAGUCUCACCUGGCAGGAGUACUACGAGGCCGACGAGAUCCUGAAGCUUAGACAAAGUGCUUUGAAAAAGGAAGAUGCAGAUUUGCAGCUCGAAAUGGAAAAAUUGGAGAGGGAAAGAAAUCUUCACAUCAGAGAAUUGAAGAGAAUACACAAUGAAGAUCAGAGUAGAUUCUCACAACAUCCAGUGCUGUCUGAUAGAUAUCUGCUGCUAAUGCUGUUGGGCAAGGGUGGUUUUAGUGAGGUCCACAAGGCUUUUGACCUUAGAGAACAGCGCUACACCGCCUGCAAGGUUCACCAGCUCAACAAGGAUUGGAAGGAGGACAAGAAGGCCAACUAUAUCAAACACGCGCUCCGGGAGUACAAUAUUCAUAAGGCCCUUGACCACCCUCGGAUCGUGAAGUUGUAUGAUGUUUUCGAAAUUGACGGAAAUUCAUUUUGUACAGUGCUCGAAUAUUGCAAUGGCCAUGAUCUUGACUUUUAUCUUAAGCAGCAUAAGACAAUACCGGAGCGAGAAGCCAGAUCAAUAGUGAUGCAAGUGGUGUCCGCUCUAAAAUAUCUCAAUGAGAUAAAGCCUCCGGUGAUACAUUAUGACCUCAAACCAGGAAAUAUCUUGCUCACUGAGGGAAAUGUCUGCGGAGAGAUAAAAAUCACUGACUUUGGCCUCUCGAAAGUGAUGGACGAGGAGAACUAUAAUCCUGACCAUGGAAUGGAUCUCACCAGCCAAGGGGCUGGUACCUAUUGGUAUCUGCCCCCCGAGUGCUUCGUGGUCGGCAAGAAUCCGCCAAAGAUAAGCAGCAAGGUAGACGUGUGGAGCGUGGGAGUAAUCUUCUACCAAUGCCUCUACGGGAAGAAGCCGUUUGGACACAACCAAAGCCAGGCGACUAUCCUCGAGGAGAACACCAUCCUAAAGGCAACGGAAGUGCAGUUUGCCAAUAAGCCCACUGUCAGUAAUGAGGCUAAGAGCUUCAUCCGCGCCUGCCUGGCCUACCGCAAAGAGGAGCGAAUCGACGUGUUCGGGCUGGCGCGGCACGAGUACCUCCAGCCUCCCAUGCCCAAGCCCCGGGGCGCCCCCGGCAACACCCACGCCCACCAGCCGACCUUCCCGCCCUCCAUGUACGCCAGCUCCUCUUCCUAG